GUCAGCAGCUCCAGGAUGUGGCAAGUGAGAAUCUUCCUGCUGUUCGUGUUCACCUGGGGAAUUUCUAGCAUACCGGCCCCUUUUGACCCAGUGUUCUCCAGCAGUGAGCGUGCCCACCAGGUGCUGCGGGUCAAACGUGCCAACAGCUUCCUGGAGGAGAUGCGGCCGGGCAACCUGGAACGGGAGUGUAUGGAGGAGAUCUGUGACUUUGAGGAGGCCAAGGAGAUUUUCCAAAAUUUGGAUGACACACUGGCCUUCUGGAUCAAGUACUUCGAUGGUGACCAGUGUGCGGCUCCGCCCUCGGACCACCAGUGCGACAGCCCGUGCUGCGGGCAUGGCACAUGCAUCGACAGCCUGGGCAGUUACAUCUGCUUCUGCGAUAAGGGCUGGGAGGGCAGGUUCUGCCAGCAGGAGCAGGGCUUCUACAACUGCCAGGUGAACAACGGAGGCUGCCUGCACUACUGUCUAGAGGAGGGCGGCAGUCGGCGCUGCACCUGCGCUCCAGGCUAUGAGCUGGCAGAUGACCACAUGCGCUGCAAGUCCACCGUGAAUUUCCCAUGCGGGAAGCUGGGGAGGCGGAUAGAGAAGAAACGGAAGAACGUCAAACGGGACACAGACCCAGAAGAUGAACAAGAAGUAGACCCAAGGAUCGUCAACGGAACGCUGACGAAGCAGGGAGACAGUCCUUGGCAGGCAAUCCUUCUGGACUCCAAGAAGAAACUGGCCUGCGGAGGAGUGCUCAUCCACAACUCCUGGGUGCUGACGGCGGCCCACUGCAUGGAGAACACCAAGAAGCUUACCGUGAGGCUUGGUGAGUAUGAUCUGCGGCGCAGGGACCACUGGGAAUUGGACCUGGACAUCAAGGAGGUCCUCGUCCACCCUAACUACAGUCGGAGCACCAGUGACAAUGACAUCGCCCUGCUCCGCCUGGCCCAGCCAGCCACUCUCUCUAAGACCAUCGUGCCCAUCUGCCUGCCGGACAAUGGCCUGGCAGAGCGGGAGCUCACUCAGGCCGGCCGGGAGACGGUGGUGACGGGCUGGGGCUACCAGAGUGACCGAGACAAAGACGGGAGGAGGAACCGCACCUCUGUCCUCACCUUCAUCCGCAUCCCUGUGGCCCCACGGAAUGAGUGCAUGCAGGUCAUGAACAAUGUGGUCUCGGAGAACAUGCUGUGUGCGGGCAUCCUUGGUGACAGUAGAGACGCCUGUGACGGGGACAGUGGGGGACCUAUGGUGGUCUUCUUUCGGGGCACCUGGUUCCUUGUGGGCCUAGUGAGCUGGGGUGAGGGCUGUGGGCACCUCAACAACUAUGGCGUCUACACUAAAGUGAGCCGCUACCUAGAAUGGAUCCACAGCCACAUUGACGACAAGGAUGCCUCCCCGAAGAGCCAGAGGGUGUAGCACCUCUCCCUGCUCAUGCCUGGACCUCACUCUUAGAGUGAGGCUGGGCUAGUGAAUACCACAGCAGAGGACAUUAAAGGGGCAUGUAACAAACAUA